UGUAUUAUUGCAACAUUUUCUGUGAACUAGUACACAAAAAUAUCUGUUUCUGAAAUGCUGGAAGCAGCCUGUUUGGCACUGGCGGCUGUACCAGUUUGGCAAUUGCUUAGAUCAUGGGUAUUUCCCAUUCUUAAACUUUGCCAAACAGUAACCAGACCUCUUGACCCUUUCUGUGUGCUUUAUGUAUUGAGCAAGUGUGCCUGUUUUUCUGCUUAUGUAUGUAUGUGAAUAAAGCAGUUAUCACUUCAAAUUAAGGAUUUGUACACUGAUAGUAUUAUUGACUGAGCUAAAACCUUUGGAAUACAAAGUUUAAUAGAUACACUGAUGUGUCUGGUGCCAGUAUAGAAGCAGAUUUAUGUAGAUGGUGUUGAUAUUAUUUAUUAACUUUGCACUGGGGUGAUACAUUUGUAACCUACAUAGUUUUCUAAUGACCUGUCUGACAUAUUUGUCUGGAAUAAUGAAACUGUAGUUUACAUUUAGAGAUUUUUCACAAGGGAACAGACGGGUUGAGGGCGUACAGCCUUACACCCGUCCUAAACUGGAAUGGGAUUGGAAGGUUCAGUACUUUUUUGAAUACAUGCUUAAAGUGCACCUGUCUGUCAUUCCUAUCCUAGCAGGCUACAGAGCUUAGAACAGAGUGAUCCUGUGUAAAAACACAAUGGAGUAACUGUCACUAUUCUGUUAGAAUUUGUGUUUGGCAGCUGUUUAACCUUGAAAUGGCAUGAAAUGGCAAUCCUUGUUCUUGGCAAUUUAUAUGAUAGAUACAAACAAGAUUUUUGGCUUUAUUAUGAUCAAUAUUGACGAUAUUUCAUUGAAGAAAAUGCCAGACUUCUUGUUCUUUUGAGUUGACGGUGAAUGUUAUAAUUUUACCAGCUGUAACAUAAUUUCAGUAAUUUUUUUGUUAUAAUUGUGCAAAUUGCACACACUGAAAAAAUUCCUGAAACUCCUGAAGCAUUUGUCAUUUUUGUAACUUGGAAAACUUUGAGUCAGGCAGGCCAGACUGUAAUGCUAACCCCUUCCUCUAUAAUCUGUCGUCUAAUUUCAGCUUCCUUGCAGAUCAAAAGAUUGCCACUGACUUUGUUCAUAGCACAGAUAAUUUUUCCUUUCUGAAACACGCCCUGAUCAUCUUGCCUCAUUGACAUGGCGAAGAAUAGACCUUCAGUUAGUUACUGCCGGAGUCCGCGUAGAAUCGGCAUCUCUGAUGACUCUCUUGUUUUCGGUGCUGUUGUGAUGUCGAGUAUCAUGGGAAAACUGAAAAGACUUUCAUCUGGGAAUCCCAGAACGUAAAUGUCUGGAAGUCCAUCUGUUUGAUCGGGCUGAAUUUUAUUUCAGAGCUUAUUUAGUUUACAAUAUAGAACCAAUAAAAUGGGUUUCAAAUAGCUUUGGCAGCGCGCAUUUAGCAGUGGCACAGAUACCUCUUUUUAUAAUAUCCCCUUGUCAUUGAAAUAGGAGAUUUAAGUAAAGCAGACAUAUUUCAAAUGUAGGAUUUAGUUGCUCACUGUCUCAGGUUUGAGUCACGUGUUGAUUGACAGGAAUUGAAUAAGACAAAAAGAUGCACAGUGCUACUUUUGUUCCUCCACCACGUGUUGUCAUGAGUCUGGUCUCCCUUAGGGCCAUUUUCAGGCAAUAAACAUUCAUUUUUGAUACGGGGAUUUUCAUUCGAUUUCUCGUUUUUCCGAUUGUGUUCUGUUUGUUCCCUGUGAGCAUCUGUUCAGCUCGGGGCAGGAUGUUUACUUUACGUUUUUAUCGUAUUUGAGGUAAUGACUGCUAAUUGCCUGUCUUAAUGAGCGCUGGUCGCAUAGUCCUGCCCGCCAGCCUCUCGCUGGCUGCCACUUCAGUGUAGCGGGUGCAGCGGGACACCAUGGAGCUUCUGGGAGCCUUUUAUCGGAGAAAAUUCCGAAGGAAACAAAAGAGUUUGGAUCUGUCAGAGGGGGCACUAUGCAAGUCUCCCUCCGAGAGCAGCGUCAACAGUCUGGCCACCGGGCUGAUCUCAAAGGUCCUGCGGAUGACGGCUAGACAGAGUGGGUCAACUUCUAGACCCCACUCCUGGCAUUCGACCAAACUUGGGGCGGGUCAGCAGGACCCCAGCAUGAUGCAGAUAUCACAGAGCAGCAUGGCUGCUCCCUGGCAUCACAACUACCACUCCAGCCUCUCCACCACCGACCUCUCAAACUAUGAUGCUGGCUUUCUCAGGAAAAGUCCAGACCAGUACAGCUCGCGAGGCAGUAUGGAGAGUUUGGAUCAUGGCCACCCAGCUUAUAGCUCCUGUCAUCAACUGUCCUCCUCCAAGUCCUCCAACAGCAUUGACCACCUGCACAACAAGAGGGACUCUGCCUACAGUUCCUUCUCCAACAGCUCCAGCAAUCCUGAGUACCCUCCAUCCGGUCCCUCCUUCAGCAAGGAGCGCUCCUAUUCUAUGGAUAGUAUGCUGUCACAGCGUGGGCCUGAAGGCAUGCGACAGGCAGACAUGCGCUACGUCCGCACGGUCUACGAUCCCCAGCAGGGUGUUUCGGAGGAGCAUCAAGUCAGUUCUGCUAAGGUGCUACGCAACAGCGAGGGCAGGACGCACGCUGACGUCCGGGGAGGAAUGACGGGCGCGUCCGCAAACCAUGCGCUGUGGGGUCAGACACAUGGCCGCAACUCCUGCGAGAGUCUGAAAGGGGGGCCGCCACCUCCACUUCGCAGUGAUAGUUAUGCCGCCAUCAAAAACCACGAACGACCAAACUCGUGGUCUAGCCUAGAGCAGCCUCGAUCUUUCAGAGCUUUACAGAAAGGCUUCUGGCAUCAGAACAGUGCCUCGUUCCCCUUGGUGAAGACAUUCACGACAGACGGGCAGCUACACACGGUGGUAGAAAAGAGCCCCGAAAGCAGUCCCACGACGAAACCCAGGCAGAACUUCCCUCAGGCUUCACAGACUGGGCACCCAAUGCUGCCUACGGGCAUCUAUCCUGUGCCACAACCGGAACCACAUUAUGCCCAGGUGCCCAGCUGCUGCCCGAACUCAGGCGGUAUCUGCCCUGCACUAGCUAAGGAGGGUGUGUGUUCCUCCUACAGAGGUCAAGAGAGGGAACUCAAUACAGAGCAGUCAAAAACAGAGAAAGAAUGUCAAAGUCAAGCCUCUUCCACUGUCAGCCAACCCACCAAUGCUAUUAAACCCAAACCGCCCAUGCACCAUGACAGAAGGCCUGAUGAUUCUGACACCAAAUGCAGUCACUAUAGACCUCAUUUUAAGACCAGCGUAGAUGGGUAUGGAGCAUCCCAAAACCAAGAGGAUGGUUACAGGCACGUAUCUCAGACCCUGAAUCAGGAGAGGAGAGAUCCAUACACUAGAGUUAAACCAAGGGAAGAGAAGCAGAGACCCUCACAGAGCUCUGAGGUGUGCACACAGACAAGGGAGAAAGAGGAAAUCCAGGCAAAUACCUGGAACCAUCUACUGGAGAUCACUCACCUUCAAAACAAACCAUUAUCUUCUGUGGCCCAAGAUGGAUUUAAUUGCACUCAGGAAAUGUAUGGAAGGCCCAGAGAUAUCAAUGUUCCAGCCUCCCAUAGCAGCAGAGGUGACACUGCUCACAGCCAGGAAAACAACAGUAUGAGGCGUGUUUUACCUAGACAGUGCAGCGAUUCUGCACUGCAGAAAGAAAAGCAACAGGACCAUCCCCUGACCAAGUUGGAGAAUGCCCUGAUCCAGGUCCAGAUUUCAGCAGGUUCGGAAGCCACUGUGGCCCAGUGUAGUACUCGGAGUGAGAAGGACGAGAGCGAUGCCGUGCACCUCUCAGUCCUGGAGAAGGUGAGCCGGUUUGAGCGGGAACAGAGGAGGUUAUACAGCCACAGUGACGUCCUUGCUAACAAGAGGGCGGAGCCAAGGGGAAGCUCCAGCCAUAGCAGAACGCAGAGCUGGAGUGUGGAAAGGAAAGACAUUGUGCAGCUGGAGGACAAUAAAGAACCCCAACAAUAUCCAGCACGACAUCGGAUAUGUGGAAACCAAGAGCCCCCUUUUAGAAAUCCACACAACAAACCAAUGGCGAUCCAACGAAGCAAGAGCACUUUCCAGCUGGGUGGAAGUAAAGAAAAGGAAUUCCACUGGAAAGAAGACCUUGAGGAAAUCCUAGGUACUAUUCAGGACGUGUCCUACAACAGGACCUAUAGAGAUAGCAUCAAAGAUGCACAGUCGAAGGUUCUAAGAUCUACUUCUUUCAGACGACGAGACCUUAGUGCCAAGCCCGUUCCAAAUAAGCACUUAUCCCUGGAGAGAAAGGCUCCCAAGACAAGUCCUAAGCCUUCUGUAGCUUCUCUGCACACCCCAAAAGAAAGGCAUGUUGUUACACCUGAGGUGCAGAAAAAUGCUCCACCCCCUCUUCCAAGUCGGCCGGCCGUUGGGUUCCCCAUUUCUCGAAUUGGUGGUCGCAAACGCCUCACUGCAGAGCAAAAGAAGCGCUCUUACUCCGAGCCAGAGAACAUGCAUGAAGUAGGGUUGUCACGAGGUGAGGACUCGCAGAAAAGAGUUCCUCAGGAAUUUUUCAAACCUGAGACCAGUGUAGCAGACAGAUGCAAACUUUUCGAAAUGGCAGCUACGAAAAGCACAGGCCCCAGCCUCAGUAUAUCCCAUUUUGAGCUUAAACAAAUACAACAGGAUGCCUUGGCUGAGUACAUGGAACGCAAGACCGGUCGACGGUCAUCUUUGCAAAAUCGCCCCACCAGUGCGUACAUCCAGGCCCUCUGCCAUGACUCCAAGAGUGUAUGUGCAUCUGGUUUUUUGUUCAGUCAGGAGCAAGGUUUCCAUUUUACUUCAAUUUCUGACAGCCAGAGAGGAACAAGCCAUAUGAUGUAUGCCAUUCCGUCCAAUCUAAAGGGCACCGUGCACCCGAAUGGAGACGCGUCUGAAAUGGCACAUCUGAAAUCCUGCAGUAAUAAUCCAACAUCCCUCCACAAGGACAAAGACCCUCUAAAACAACCUUUUAGUCACGAGAGGGAGCUACAUAAGCCUGGUCUCGUCGCUUCUUCGGUGCCUGUCCAGAAUCAGUUACAUUUGCAGAACCAGGAAGAAUCCUUUGAGAGGGUUGCACCCCCAAGGAAUUCUGGGAAGUCUGCCUCAGCAGAGGACUUGUUACAUUGCCCUGAGGAAGAGAGGGCGGUUCCUCAACACUACAGGUCUCGGUCUUCUCCCUCUAUGGAGAAGCAUUAUAAGGAUUUAACUGGAGCGGAUCAUGCAGCGUUUGGAGUCACCUCAAGGCAUCCUUUGUUUCUUAAUCCAAGUGAUAGCAGACCCGUGAAGGAUGCAGACCAGAAGCAGAUCGCGGUCCCCCUGGAUGGAGAUAAGGGGUCCUUGCUCAGAGUGGGCCUGUCGCCGCCCAGCGCCCAGGCCGUACGCAGCGAGAAGUCAAAGCCCACGGAGCGGCACAGGAUGCUGAGUGCCACGGGCCUGGCAGCCUCCGUUGGCCUGCCCUGCGCCUUCGCUCCCCCACCCUGCACUGCUAAGCUGAACUGGCAAACUGAUAAGAACCCAUGCCAGGCUGGUCUGGAUACCUUCACACGCAAUACAUUCCCCUUCCUGGGGCAGGAUAGUAAGCCCAGUGCUGAGGGCCAGACAGCUUUGGCAGCUUUGACAAGCUCCUCAGACGCCAGCGUCUCCCAGGAAGCAUCAGAGGAGGAGCCCAGCUCAAAGAUCCCUGCCGCCCGACAUACACCCAGCGCGAUGGGUGCCGCCCCAUUGCAGAACCUCCUUGCUGGUGUGUUCUGCAGCACCUCCUCUGAGUUAGAGAGCCCCCCCACGACACAGCCUCUCCUAUCCCUGCGCAUUUCUGAGUCGAACCUCCAAGCGUCCCCGCCCUCCUUGUCCUUCAAGGACGUCGUCGUCGAUGAUGAUGUGUUUCUCGAGGAGCCUGCCCAACCUUCUCGCUGUUCACCGUCCAUUCAGGACAGGGACAUCAAAGAGGACAUUCCUCCACCAAUCCCUGCAUGUCCACCUGCAGGGGAUGGGCUAGGUAUUAACACCCUCAACAGAAGAUCGGUUGACAGAGACCUGGCUGAAUACCAUCCCUUCCUCCCUGCCCAUGCUGAGAACACAGACUCCCCGUCCAAGGCCGUCUUUCGAAGUCCAAGUGUGGACCUGGAGACCCGGUCACCUCCUGUCCAUGACGCUGUAGAUGAGCAGGAAUCACUGCAGGAGAACCCAGUGCUGUGCAGGAGGGAGCGCUCGGCCGAGGAGGUGCGGGUGGAAGCCCUGGCACAGGUGUUAUCGUCUAAAGACAAAUCAAUGGCUCUCGUCCUGGGCACAUGGGCAGUGAAAAAUACUAUGGACUUGAUGGAGGAUAUCUUCCCCAUACUAAGCCCACCAUUACAGCCAGAGAAGAAAAGUGCGCAGAUGGAGGAUAGAAAGAAAGAGCCUGACAAGGAUCUACAGAAUAAACCCAGAGGGAUGGAGACAGAUCUGGACAAGGAAGAAGAAUAUCUAAAGCAAAAAAAGAUGGAGUUGGUGGAGGCCCUUACUCUCAACAUAGCAGCUCUGCGGGAGGAGAAGGCAGGCCUAGCGGAGGAGCAGAGGAAAUUCAGUGCACUGGAGGGUCACCUGGAAGCCCUGAUACAGGAGUGCUGUAAGCCCAGUGAGCAGGACAAGUACCACAUGUUUGUCGGCGACUUGGACAAGAUCGUCAACCUGCUACUGUCACUGUGCAGCCGGCUGGUGCGUGUGGAGAACUCCCUCAGAGGCCUGGACGACGAGGACAGGGAAGAUACCACCAAGGAGAAGGAGAACCUACAGCUGAAACAGCGACAGCUACGGGCUCAGCACCAGGACGCCCGCGAGCUCAAGGAGAACUUGGACCGGCGGGAGCGUGUGGUGUUCCAGAUCCUGGCCGCUUACCUGGGCAGACAGCAGCUACGUGACUACCAGCGUUUCGUUCAGAUGAAGCCGGCACUGCUGAUACGACAGAGGUGCCUGGACGACCUUAUCAGAGAGGCGGAAGAGCAGCUGCAGAGGGUGACAGAGAGACUGCUGUCUGAGAGUGACGUCCUCAUCCAGGAAGGCGGGCUCACCUCUGCCGCUGUGUCUACUUCUGCACGUACCCCUACUGUCACCACACUCUGACCCCUACUGGCUGCGCCUCACCAUUACACCCCCUGCCAUCACCACUGCUGAACUGCUUUUAACGUUAACCUGAAAAACCAGAACUUUUCCCUCACCCGUCACCUAAUUUUUCCAUUCAAAACAUUAUAUUUAGAAAUUAUUGAACCAGCCACUACACGUGUCAAAGCCUGUUUGUGUACCAGUUCAAGUUUUAGUUAUCUUGAAUAUUUGUUUAUCCUUGAAUGCACUGCACAGUUAAAGCUUAUGCUCAAUAAAAAUUUAUUUUUGCAGAUGUAGGGGGUUAUUUGAUUAUCUACUGUAAAAAAAUUAAUACCAUUAAAAGCUAUACAGGAAUCUAUCUGGAAUUAUUUGUCAGGAUUUCUGAUAUACAACAAAAUUAUGAACUUAUGGCAAAAGAAGACCUGUUUGAAUACAAAUUUGAAUAAUCAUGUCUGAUAUCUCAUUUUACAUUUUAUCUUUGUUUCAUUUUGACACACAUGUAUGCUACAUUCUCUACAUUUUUAUGAUAAACAGUUAUGGAAUACUGUUUACUGCUCUUUGACCACUUAAGCCUUAAAAGCAAAACAAGGAGUUCAAGUUUGACAACUGUGAUUAUAUCCGUCAUACACUUAACGAUUUGUAAAUAAUGUGUGACUCCACAUUACAAAUAGCGGUUAACUCCAGUAGCAUUUUGUAUGACCUAAAACCAUGCAGAUGCCAAUUUUGAUAUUUGAGGUUCGGUCAUUUCGUUUUGCUCUACAAUGUGGAGAGGAUAUGGAGCAGUCAUUUCUCAUUUGGUCUUCCGAACUUACCCUUUGAAGCAUUUAAAAUGGAUUUAAUUCCAUGUGAAUAAAGACACUGCCUGCAUUUUGCCAAGUAUAACCAAUGAUGAUAUCAAAAGCUAGACCCCCAUUUUCUGUAAAAAUACAAAUAAAGUAAACAAAUUUGAUAAA